GAACUGGUACGUAUUGGUCGAUUAAAUUAAAUAUUUAGUGUACCGCAUGCGCAUUGUAUAUCUUUACAUAUGGUGAAAAUUUACGGACUACAACUGUAUACCAAUGUAAACAAAAGAUUGUACAUGUAUAUUAAACAAGUUGAACGCAUUAUUUUAGCCAGAUGGAACGCGCAUUAUUGACGGCAGAUGACGUCUGUCAACUCGUGCAGCGUCUGUAUGGCCUGCGGACGAUAAAACAGAAGACACUUGCAAGUUACGAUGACGUCAACAUUCACGUUAUGGUAGAUGUUAAAAGCAGCAAUAAUUAUAUUAAAGGUGUUUCAGAAGAUGGAUACGUACUUAAGGUUUUGAAUACAGUAGAUUCAUCAAAAGUCAAUUUUGUUGGAGCUAUGCAUGCCGCUAUUGAACAGGUAUCAAAAGCUGGUAUCGUAACUUCACAUCCGGUCCCAAAUAUUCAAGGGGAACUUUAUUCAACAGAAAGUCUCAAUAGUAGGUCAGGGAAAGAAGGUUGUACGUUUCUUGUGAGACUAUUCCAGUUCGAACCUGGAUUGUCCUUGACGAAUUUUGAGCAUCCAGGUUUGGUGAAUCACUCCAGACACUGGAACCUUAGAGAAGUAAUGAAUAUGGGAGACAAGAUAGACUGUAUUACUGAUGUAGGGGAUAGAGAACUCGUCAAGGAUGUCGUAAAACAUUUCACACAAAACGUUGCCGGAAACGCAGGAAAUCUGCUGCAAGGCUGUGUUCACGGAGAUCUGAACGAGGGUAACAUCAUAGUAAAUGGUGUUGAAGUUUCAACUGCUAGUGGAACAAACACGGAAUAUCACGUGCACGGGGUUCUUGAUUUUGGCGAUUUGGUGCACGAGUUAAUAGUUUAUGAAUUAGGUAUCGCAAUUGCGUAUAUGAUGAUAGAAACUACAACUCUAGAGCCAAUAGAGGCAGCUGGACAUACCUUGGCCGGAUAUUUUAACACAUUUCCGCUUCCGGCGGCCGACUGUCAGGUUAUUAAAGAAUGUAUAUGUGCACGUUUAGCUCAGUCUGUAACAUACGGAAGUUAUGAGCAUAAAUUAGACCCCAGUAACACAUACUGUCUGAGAACUUCAGAAAAAGGCUGGCCAGUAUUACGUCGACUCUGGAAAAUUCCAAAGAGUGAACUUUAUACUUACUGGGAACAGAUUUUACAGAAUUACUCAUUGAAAGCUAACUUCUGAAUUUAUAAAUGGCAAAUUAAAGAUUACAAAAUAAAAAAAUGUCUAAAUCA